GCUAAAACGCCAUCUUUCGCAGAACCAAGUAUCGUCAUCUAACGAAUAGGGUCGUAACGAAUGCAUGAUCGAGAAUAAAUAGAUGGCUCCCCGAGUUCUUCACGGGACUUUUGACAGCUAGUAGAUCCAAUGCCUAGAAAGCGCGGCGCCACCGACACUGGAACAGCUGAUAUUAACACUGACUAUCUACCUAAUCACCGACUUUAACUUAGUCUACUUAGUAGCAAUGGUGGGUGAAAUCCUGGGAAUUCUUAUAUGGUGCACCGCCUUAUAUCAAGCGAUUUUUAAAAGGGAUGUAUGGAGCAGCUUGUUUUCCCAAAUUCUUGACUUGGAGGACAUAAAAAAUUUAAAUAGCAUCGAGACAAAGGAACGCAACUUUUUAAAGAAUGUUAAUUUUCAACUCGCUUGCACCAUUUCAAUGAUCGUGGGAAUGUUUGUGUACGAGCUGGUAACAUUUAGUGGGGCAGAGAAAAAAGUAUUUUUGUUUAGCUCGAGCUACGUCUACUUUUUUCUUCAUUUUCUGCUAUCGACCAUCAUCGGGAAUAUGGCCAUUAUAUUAAAGAAUAAAUUUCAAGAAAUUAAUAAUCUGCUUUCCAGUUACGAAGCUGAUCAGUCAAUCACCGUUAUUAAAGGCUCGAAAAAAGUAAAAGACCUUUACGCAGCAAUGAUUCAAAUAGUUGAGCGUUUUAACGAACUGUUUGGUCCGCAGUUAUUUCUUAUGGGAAUGCACUGUUCUUCUCAAAUCUUACAAUGGAGUGUAGCUUUGGUCUAUAGCAUGUUUGCGUCUAACGAUGAGGCUGAUGAUUUCGUUACUAUCCGUAUGGUGGUAGGGGUUAUUUACAUUGUUCUUAUGCUGAUUUGGCUAGGAGUUACGAUGUUUUGUUGUGACAUUGCAGUAGAAGAAUCAGAAGAAAUAAUCACUAUUAGUUACAGGCUACAACUAAAAUACCCGGUAUUUUCAGAACCUUAUCAAAAUAUCAGAAAUCUUUUAUAUCUUAUAAACAACUCAAAGGUAAAGUUUACGGCGAUGGACUACUACGAUAUUAAUAGAUCGACAAUGUUUGAUUUAAUUGGUACCACGGCAACAUAUUUUGUUGUACUUAUACAGUUCUAUGAUGGCAAUAAAAAAACAGUUACAGAAAAACCAGAAGAAAAGAUUCUCUAAGGACUUUUAGCUGUAAAACUAUUGAUAAUUCUAUUAAAAUUGGGAUAUUUAAUUAAUGUUUAGAAUAUACAUGUUUUUUAUGCAAAUUUCUUUAGAAUUCGUUCUAAAAAAGAUCUAUCAAUAUAAGGUGCAUAAUAAUAUAACUUGCUAAAAAAGCAUAU